GCGGCAAAUUCAAGAUGGCGUCCGAAAUACGUCGACGUUUGUUUCAAUGAUCAUAACAGUUAUCCACAUUUUGGUGCAAUAAUAAUUGCAAUAAUGGAUAAAGUAUGGAUAAAAUAUAUAUUUAUAACAUAGAGAACUGAAGUGUCUAUACUAUGUACCACCAUCCAAGCAGAGCUGCAAAAACUGGCCGUGUAAUAGCGAGAGAAGGAAUAAACUUUAAUCUUAACUACAGCCUUCAGGCACAGGCUUCUCAAGUUAACGAAAGACCUGCUUCGAACCCUAAACAAUCUGCAGAUUGGAAACAGAGCAAUGAGCUGACAUUGACAAGACCAUCUUCUGGUUCAGGAACAAACAUAAAUAGGAGUUCAAAGUUUAAUAACAUUACUAAAGCAUUUGUAGAUCAUGAAAAGACACGAGUACAAGAAAGACAGGCCUCCUUGUUACAAUAUUCCCACUCUGUCCCUGAUACAUCCCAAGAUCCAAGACAAACCUAUGCUACUCCAUCAUUCCGUGAACUUCAUAAAGUCCAGCGACAGAUUCUUCACCAGUCCUCCAAUGCUCAUGACAACUGCUCCACAGCUCCGCCAUCACAAAACAGCAUCAAUGCACAGCAGUCUGUUGAAGAUGAAGCUGAAGGGUAUCAAAUACGACAAGCUUUAAGUGCUGGUACGCAGUCUAGAUUAGGUGACAAAAGCCAAGUGUUUCUUCCAGGUGAUCGGGUAAUCUUCGCCGAAUCCCCGUCAGUACCCGGUGUACCAAUAGUGUACCGAUUACCGGAGGAAAGACAGGCCAACCCGGACAGACUUAACCUUGACAGGCGGCGUCUCACUGUUUGCCCAAUACUUGAAGGAGAAGACAAUCUUAGACUGCUGAACUUUCAACACAAUCUCAUCAGUAAAAUCCAGCAUUUAUCAAAUUUACGAAGGCUGAUUUUCCUAGAUAUAUAUGAUAACCAAAUAGAGGAAAUAUCGGGUCUUUCUUCUUUGAAGUCAUUGAGAGUGCUAAUGUUAGGCAAAAAUAGAAUCAAAAGGAUUGAGAAUCUAGACUCGUUAACAAAAUUAGAUGUCCUUGAUUUACAUGGAAAUAGGAUAAGUAAAAUUGAGAAUCUCAACCACCUAAAGGAGUUACGAGUUUUAAAUUUAGCUGGUAAUGAUAUCCAGCAUGUUGCUAACAUCAGUGGUAUGAUAGCAUUGGCCGAGUUAAACCUUAGACGAAACAAAAUCUGUAUUGUUGAUGAAGUUGAUCGACUUACUAGUUUGCAAAGAUUAUUUCUUAGUUUUAAUUGCAUCACAAGUUUCGAAGAUAUUAUGAGUCUAUCGCGGUCAAAUUCCAUCAUUGAAUUAUCAUUGGAUGGUAAUCCGUUCGCCGGUGAAGUCACUUAUAAACAGACUAUCCUAAAGAGUGUGCCGUGUAUCAGGCAGCUAGAUAUGAAGCGAGUUACGGAAGAAGAACGAAGAAUAGCUACUGUUAUGGCGAAAAAGGAGGAAGAAAAGAAAAAGGAAGUCAGCAAAUUGGCUCUUUUAAAGCACGUCCAUGGUAUGUCUUCUCUAUUAUCUCGAGCUGAAAUCCAGGAAAAACGACGCAUCGCUAUUUUUAACGCCCAAAAACAAUGGGAAUUAAACCAAUCGAAGAGUUUCAGAGAUGGUAGUCCCAAGACAACCUCUCACAAUUCAUCAAGUUCAGGAGUGUCCUCACUAACUGACCAAAGCGAUCCAGCUUUAUCUCUAGAURGUUCGUUAAGUAUAUGUCACCUYGCUGAAUUAGAUGGAGARACUCUUUAUCUAUACGGACCAGGAUCUUUGGACGCWCUGGAUAGGAACUGGGGAACACAGRCUGUUAAUAGCGUCUCUCUUCUCUCCAUUAAAUUUAUCGAUUUUGAUUCCAUUGUGCCUUGUUUUCAUAAAAUAAGCGUCAGAUUUCCUGCUUUAGUGGGUAUGAUAUUCACAGAAACAAGUAUUCAYAGUUUACAGCAAAUCAACGCUUUAUCAGCGUUACGCAAACUAGAUUCGUUAACUAUUAACCAUGAAGGCAACCCUGUUACCAACUACACAUUAUGGAAACCCUAUACCUUAUUUAGAUUAGCGCACUUGUCACUGAGAAAAAUUAAUGAUAUCGAGGUUACAGCAGAAGACACAGUGUUCGCUGAGAAACUAUUUGGUAAUCUUGCGUAUGUAACUACCUCGCAGCUACCACAAUCAAGGCUAUUGACCUUGCUGGGUGACUCAAGGAGAAAGAACAAUGACGACAAGUCCAAAAAGCUAGACAGUAAACACGAAAGGACAUCAUCAGCUGAGUCGGUUGGUCGAGCUGGACUACAAUACUGGCCUGCGGGCAUUGAUGACAGAAAGGSGGAGGAAUCAGAAGCAAGACAYACAUUUUCAGUAAACUUUAUCAAGGAAGUUGUUCAAGACGGUCUCUUGCUUGAGCGUAAAAGAAAAAAAUUAGACUCGUUUUUGCCAAAUUUCUUCAGUGAAUUGAUCGAAAAAACCGUCCAAGAAAUGACCAAUAUGGAUGAUCUGAUGGUGAACUCGAURGAAAAGAUUCGCCUCAAGAAGUAGACGCCGAUUUAUUUCGAUUGUGUUGGCCACAGGAGCGAUUCGAACAAUUCAAAGAACAUUGUUUUCUUAAGUGACUACGCCUUUACGCUUGGCGUAUCGAUCACGCAAGUAUUGAAAUCACCAUAAUCUAUUACUGUGUAAAAUAGCCGUGUUUUUUUUUCAUAAAAUGGCGAGGUUCUGUGACCUAGCCGCGCUGGUUGUUCAA